AUGCAAGUGGCAGGGCGCCAAGUGGCAGGCUUAGUAGCCAAAGCAGCCUUCAGCAUGAAGCAGAGAAGUGCAGUGACCUAUGAUGACGUGCAUAUUGACUUCAGUUUUGAAGAGUGGGCUUUGCUGGAUCUUUCUCAGAAGAGUCUGUACAAAUCUGUGAUGCUGGAGACCUACAGAAACCUUACUGCUAUAGGCAUGAAAGAAUUUCCUCUGCACAUCAUACUGGAGAGAAAUCCUUUGAACAUAGUCAGUGUGGCAAAGCCUUUGCACAACAGAGUCAUCUCCCAAGUCAUAAAAAAAUACACAGUGGAGAGAAACGUUACAAUUGUAAUCAAUGUGGUAAAGCCUUUGGAUGUCACCGUUAUCUUCAAAAGCAUAAAAGAAGACAUACUGGAGAGAAACCUUAUGAAUGUCAUCAAUGUGGUAAAGCCUUUUCCCAGCCCCAAAAUCUCCAAAUACAUAAAAGAACACAUACUGGAGAGAAACCUUAUGAAUGUCAUCAAUGUGGUAAAGCCUUUUCCCAGCUCAGUAAUCUCCAAAUACAUAAAAGAACACAUACUGGAGAGAAACCUUAUGAAUGUCAUCAAUGUGGUAAAGCCUUUUCCCGCCCCAGUAAUUUUCAAAAACAUAAAAGAACACAUACUGGGGAGAAACCUUUUGAAUGUCAUGAAUGUGGUAAAGCCUUUUCCCACUCCAGUAGUUUUCAAAUACAUAAAAGAAUACAUACUGGAGAGAAACCUUAUGAAUGUCAUCAAUGUGAUAAAGCCUUUUCCCGGUACAAGCAUUUCCAAAUACAUAAAAGAACACAUACUGGAGAGAAGCCUUAUGAAUGUAAUCAAUGUGGUAAAGACUUUGCAAGUAACAGUCAUCUUCAAGUACAUAAAAGAACACAUACUGGAGAGAAACCCUACAAAUGUAAUCAAUGUGGUAAAGACUUUAUAAGUAACAAUCAUCUUCAAGUACAUAAAAGAACACAUACUGGAGAGAAACCUUAUGAAUGUAAUCAAUGUGGUAGAGCCUUUGGACGUCACAAUCAUCUUCAAGUACAUAAAAGAAUACAUUCUGGAGA